AUGGCAUACGGACCGCCUCCGAUGUCGCAUGGGCCCGGUGGCGCGGGCUAUCCGGGAGCGCCGCCCGGCCAAGGUAUGGGACCGGGACCGGGUCCGGGCCAGUCGCACCUCCACGGCCACGCCGGCUCGCAUGCCCACGGCCAUGGCCACGGCGGCCACGGCCACGGUCCUCCUCCGAUGGGCAUGCCUGGCCCUCAUCACGGUCACGGCGGCCGGCCGCAGUCGCCUCUGAUGGGACCCGGCGCUCCUUCGACCCCGAACCAGGGCCCUGCAGUGCUGCCUCACGCCGGACUGCACGGCGGACCCAGCCCGCACGGCCCGGGCCCGCACGACGCCAAGCGGCCGCCGGUCGAGUUCAACCAUGCCAUCAACUACGUCAACAAGAUCAAGCAGCGCUUCUCGGGUGACCCGGACACGUACAAGCAGUUCCUCGAGAUCCUGCAGACGUAUCAAAAGGAGCAGCGGCCGAUCCACGACGUCUACGCCCAGGUCACGGUGCUCUUCGACAACGCCAAGGACCUGCUCGACGAGUUCAAGCAGUUCCUUCCGGACACGAGCAACGGCGCGCAGCCGACCGCGGGCCUCUUCAACAUGCUGGGUCAGGUCACCUCCAACAUGGGCCCGGGAGGCGCUCAGCCACCCUCGGCCGUUGUCGGCGGUGCGGGACCCAUGGGUGGGCCGUCCGGGGCCAUGCGUGGCCUGCCGCAGGACAUGGCACCUUCUCACGAGGUGGGCGUGGCGCCGGGCAAGAAGGGUGCCGGGGCCGCCGCCGCUCCGUCCACUGCUGCUGCUGGUGCUGCCGGCGCCGCGGCCGGCGCUGGUGCCGGUGCUGGCGCUGGAGCUGCCGCGCAGCCUGGCAGCCGCAAGAAGCGCGCUGCUGGCGCGGCCGAGGCGGGCGGCAAGGCUGCCACGGGCAAGACCAAGAAGAGCAAGCACUCUCACAAGGCCGAGCAGCGGACGCCUCCGCUCCGCCCGGAGCCGCUGCCUGCCUCGCCCACCUAUGGCCAGCACCCGGCGCAGAUCCACCACGACGCGUACGGGCCGGAUGGUCUGGUUGUGGCCGAGGCGGCCGGGCUGGUGCCGCCGGGCACCGCGGUCAACGGCCUCGCCGUCGGGCAGACGCAAGCGCCGCUCGCCACCAUCGACGAGGUGGCCUUCUUCGAUCGCGUCAAGAAGCACAUCGACGACCGCGCCACCUACCUCGAGUUCCUCAAGCUGCUCAACCUGUACUCGCAGGACAUCAUCGACGUCCGUACGCUGGUCGAGCGCGCCGGCCUCUUCAUCGGCGGCCACCGCGAGCUGUACGCCACCUUCAAGGGCCUGUGCGGCUACGACAUGGGCAAGCACGGCUGGCUCGACGGCGAGGACCCUAUUGUCGAAAACGUGCCCGCCUCGCUGCGGGAGCGCGUCGACCUCAGCACGUGCAAGGUGUAUGGCGUGUCGUACCGCAAGCUGCCCAAGUCCGAGGUCAACCUGGCCUGCUCCGGCCGCGAUCCCAUGUGCUGGGAGGUGCUCAACGACGUGUGGGUCAGCCACCCGACGUGGGCGUCGGAGGGCGAGUCGUUCAACCCGCACAAGAAGAACCCCUACGAAGACGCCCUCUACCGCUCCGAAGAGGAGCGCCACGAGUACGACUACCACAUCGAGGCCAACCUGCGCACGAUUGCGCUGCUCGAGCCGAUCGCCGCGCGCAUCUCGACGAUGGACAACGACGAGCGCGCCUCGUUCCGCCUCAAGCCGGGCCUCGGCGGUCAGAGCAAGAGCAUCUACCAGCGCGUCAUCAAAAAGGUCUACGGCCGCGAGCAGGGCCUCGAGAUCAUCAACGCGCUCCACGACAACCCGUGCGUCUCGGUGCCCAUCGUCCUCCACCGGCUCAAGCAAAAGGACGAGGAGUGGAAGCGGGCGCAGCGCGAGUGGAACAAGGUGUGGCGCGAGGUCGACGCGAGGAACUUCUACAAGAGCCUCGACCACCAGGCGGUCAACUUCAAGGCGGCCGACAAGAAGGCGAUCACCGCCAAGGCUUUCGUUGCCGAGAUCGAGGCGCGCAAGAUUCAGCAGCAGCAGCGCCGCCUCGCCAUGGAUCCGGAGCUGCCGCGCCCGCGACCUCGCCACCAGCUCGUCUACGUCCUCGACGACCUCCACGUGCUCAGCGACGUGCUCAAGCUCGCCUUCAGCUUCCUCGACCGCGCCACGGGCAGCUACAGCGCCACCGAUCGCGAGCGGAUCGAGACGUUCCUGCGGUCGUUCGUGCCCAAGCUGCUCGAGCUCGAGUCGACCGAGUUCGAGGACAUGCUCAACGGCGAUGUCGAGGACGACGACGACGACGACGACGACGCCGACGACGACAGCCGCAGCGAGGGAACGGCGCCCGACGACGAAGCAGACGGCUCGUCAUCGACCGCCAGCGCCAACGGCCGCAAGGGCAAGAAGCAGCAGGCCGACCUCCGGCGCAAGAUCCUCAAGAACCAGGCCGAGACGUCGAAGCAGAACGGCGAUGCCGGUACCGCCGUCGACGACCCGGGCGAUGCGGCCGUAUCCGCUGGAAACACGUCGAGCUCGGCCAUCCUCGCCGACGUCGACUCGGCCGCCGAGGCGCUGGCCAACCAGUCGUCCAACGCCGUCACCGCUGCCGCCUCGACCGACAUCGAGAUGGCCGAGGCGCCGUCUCCCGCGGCCCCUGCCGGAGCGGCUGCCGUCGACGAGCCCGAGGCGGUCAGGCCCGGCGAGUCCGGCGAGACCGCCACUUCGGCCGCCGCCAAUGACGAGGCGGCCGCCACUGCCAUGGACGAGGACAAAGCCGGCGCCGAUGCGUCGGCCGCUGAGGCUGCUAAGGAUGGCCCCGCCACGUGGAUCAACACCGACCUCAACAACAGCUUCGACUCGCGCAAGGGGCAGUCGAGCUCGCUCGGCCAGGGCGCCGACAUCGAGAACCGCCACCGCGGCACCAAGCAGGUCCACUUCUUCUGCAACACCACCUACUUUGUCUUUGUCCGCCUGCUGCAGCUCCUCUACUCGCGGCUGUACAAGAUGAAGGCGCUUGGAGCAGAGAUGGCCGCCAAGGAGCCCGUGCGCCACAAGAUCAACCCCAUCGCCGUCGAGCUCGGCCUGCAAGACGGUGCCAGCGGGCCUGCCGCCGUCGUCGGCGCCACAGCCAACGCCUCGAGCCUGGGCCCCGUCGCCCCGACCAACGAGGAGGCCGGCCUGACGCUGCAUCCGUCGCGCUACUACGACACGCUGCUCGACAUGUGCGAGAAGCUGUUUGACGGCGACAUUGACCAGGCCACGUUUGAGGAGAGCGCGCGCUACAUGUACGGCAUCGAUGCGUACGUGGUCUUCACGCUGGACAAGGCGAUUGGCGCUUUGGUCAAGACGGUCCAGGCGCUGACGACAGACGCCAAGUGCCAGGAGCUGCAGGGCAUCCUGGAUCGUGACCGCGCCGACAACAAGCGCGGUGUCGUCGACGGAUAUCGCCACCAGAUUGCCAACCGCAUGGCCGCCGAGGCCGCAAUCGGCAAGGACGAGAACCUGUUCCGCAUCGAGUGGGUGCCGGCCAGCAGCACGCUGCUCGUCCAGAUGCUGUCGCGCGACGACGUCACCCUCGACGAUGCGCAGGACGCCGAGCACCGCUGGCUGCAGUACAUUUCAAGCUUCAGCCUGUGGACGCCGACCGAGGGCCUGCCCGUCGAGGCGCAGGCUCCCUUCCUGAAGAGGACCUGCCCCGCCAAUGCCACGCUCGAGAACGAUGCGGCCGGGACGCGGUAUAUCACGAGGAGCGGCCUGGAGAUCCGGGUGUGCAUCCGGACGUACAAGCUCUUCUUUGUGCACGACAGCGAGGACACGUUUGUGCGACUCCGGCCCGAGUCGGAGGUCGACGAGAUUGACGGCAAGGCCGGGGAGGUCAAGACGAAGCGGGUGCGGCGAUUCUCGAGGUGGCUCGAGAGGAGGCGCAAGGCCAUCGACGACCCGGCUUCGCUCGACGCCGAGGAAGAGGAAGCUGCGGCAAAUGAGGCUGCAGCCGCCGCCGCUGCGGCUGCCGCUGCCACGGAUGCGCCCGAGCCCAUGCGGACCGACGAGGCCGGUCCCGCCGUUGGUGCCGCGGCCGCAGCCGAAAUUGCAACUUCGUCGGACGAUGCCAAGGUUGCUCCGGCAGACGAGGCUAGCAAGCCUUCUGGCCAGGCGAGCACCGAUACCGCCCCCGCCGCUGCAGCCAAGGGAGAAGAAGGCGAGAAGCCGACCGACGCCGAGGCUGCAGGCGGUGCGCCUCCCAAGGAUGAGGCGGUGAAGCCGAGCGGUGAGGUCGAGGCCGCUGGAGCUAAAGACGAAGGCGGUGCCCGGAGCGCGGCCACUGCUGCCGACGAGGCUGAAGCGGGAGCGGAGGCUGGCGCGGCGCCAUCGACGGAUGCAGCGCCGCCGCCGGCGUCGUCUUCGACGGCCGACGAGGCCAAGUGA